GACAUUGUCGUUUGACAGCUGGUCAGUGGAUCGCAUGCGCCAAAAGACGCUGCUGAAUGAAUAGGAGGGAAAUCACCAACGACCCAAUAAUAUCGGGCGCUUUACAUGUCAUCUGCUUAAAUUAUGACCAUCUCGCCGCCUCUGCUUUCUCUAACUAAAAUAUCUGUUUCCUGGACCUUGAAUGGCUCUGGUCACCGUUCAGCGUUCGCCAACACCCAGCGUUAGCUCCAGUCCCUGCGUUUCGGAGGCAGACAGUGGUGAGGAUGACCGACGCUCCCAGCCCCGGAGCAUCAGUGAGAGCUUCCUGACGGUGAAGGGCGCCGCUGUCUUCCUGCCUCGGGGAAAUGGCUCCUCCCCUUCCUCGACACCCCGCAUCAGCCAGCAGUGGAACAAACACACAGGUGACCUCCAGCAGCACCUGCAGAUCAUGUUCACCGUGCUGCGGCCAGAAGACAACAUCCGCCUGGCUGUGCGCCUGGAGAGUGCGUACGCUCAGCCUCAGUGCACGCGUUACAUGGUGGUGGUGUCCACCAAUGGGAGACAGGACACAGAGGAGAGCGUGGUGCUGGGCCUGGACUUUGGCUCCUCAGACAGCACAUGCACAAUGGGGCUGGUUCUACCCCUGUGGAGCGACACACUGAUCCACUUGGACGGAGACGGGGGCUUCAGUGUGUCCACGGUCAACAGGGUCCAUGUCUUCAAACCGGUCUCUGUCCAGGCCAUGUGGUCUGCCCUGCAGUCGCUCCACAAGGCGUGCGAGGUGGCCCGCUGUCACAACUACUACCCCGGCAGCCUGUUCCUGACCUGGGUCAGCUACUAUCAGAGCCAGGUCUCCUCUGACCAGGUCUGCAUCAACGAGUGGAACGCCAUGCAGGACGUCCAGUCCCACCGCGCCGACUCGCCCAUCCUCUUCACCGACGUGCCCACAGAGAGGGAGCGCACGGAGAGGUUGAUCAAGACUCGCCUCAGAGAGAUCAUGAUGCAGAAAGACCUGGAGAAUGUCACCUCCAAAGAGAUUCGCACAGAGCUGGAGAUGCAGAUGGUGUGCAACCUUCGGGAGUUCAAGGAGUUUAUUGACAACGAGAUGAUCGUCAUCCUGGGUCAGAUGGACAGCCCCACAGAGAUCUUUGACCAUGUUUACCUGGGCUCUGAGUGGAACGCUUCAAACUUGGAGGAGCUGCAGACCAGCGGUGUGAGGUACAUCCUCAAUGUGACGCGUGAGAUCGACAACUUCUUCCCAGGCGUUUUUGAGUACCACAACAUCCGCGUGUACGACGAGGAGGCCACCAACCUGCUGGAGUACUGGAACGACACCUACAAGUUCAUCACCAAGGCCAGGAAAGCAGGGGCUAAGUGCCUGGUCCACUGUAAGAUGGGUGUGAGUCGCUCGGCCUCCACGGUGAUCGCUUACGCCAUGAAGGAGUACGGCUGGGACCUGGAGAGGGCCUUCGACUACGUCAAGGAGCGUCGCGGCGUCACCAAGCCCAACCCCUCCUUCAUGAAGCAGCUGGAGGAGUACCAGGGUAUCCUGCUGGCCAGUAAACAGAGGCAUAACAAGUUGUGGCGCUCCCACUCGGACAGCGACCUCUCAGAGCGCCACGAGUCUCCGCUGUGUAAGACGGGCCCUCCCAGCCACACCCUGGGCCUCUCGGACCCACACAACAAUAACAAUGGCCCCACGCCCUCCCUGCAACACUUCCUGCUCCAGGCGCUUGGUGCUGCCAAUGACCCCGACAACAAGUCCAAGGGCUCCCACAUCUCAGACACACAGUCGGAGGCCGUCCGACUCACCCGCUCACUCUCCCACUCUCCUGGUCCGCCAGCCUCCAACGGUCUGUGUGACUCCCGGGAGAGACUCUUUUCUCGAGGGCGAGGACCCCGCCAGGACUCCUUCCUCCCACGGGCGGUCACGGUGGUGCCCGAGGAGAGAACGGACAACUCUGCUCUGGCGGGGGUGGCCGUGACUGUGCCAAUCACUGCCGUCCCCCAUCCUCCUCCCUCACUGCAUAUCCUCCCUCCUUCUCCCUUCCCCCAGCCACUGGCCAAACACCUCCAUCUAGGUUUGAGCACACAGUUGUCCAGUCCUGUGCCUAAACAGAAAUCCCAGAGUGUAGAGCUGACCCUGGAUCUGCCUGACCACAGCAGCUUAGAGGUCGUAUCUCAGGACACCCUUGAGUCCAGCGACGACUCGGACACCUUGGGACGCUCCCUGUCAGACCCGCUGAGCGAGAGGGGGGACAGUGUCAGUAUGAUGUCCCCAGGGAUCCCCAUGGCCGUGAGCCCUCUCACCCCAACAACGCCUGGGUCUUUAGGACCCUACGCCAACGAUGACAACAACAACCCCUGCGGCGACACAGGCACUAUCCUCGCUAACCCCGUCGACGCCACAUGCGUCACCACGUCCUCCAACCUCGGAACGGACAGCAUCGACUUCUUCAGCGCCCGUGAGAAAUUCCUGGGCCUGUCCCAAGACGGAAAGACCCGGACUCUUUCCGAGCAGAUGGCUCAGCGGACACCUCAGUCGCGGUGCCACAGCCAGGAGCUGCAGCCGCUGUCCCCCGAGAACCCUGCUGGAGCACUGCCACCACUGCCAAGCACAGAGGAAGAGGAGCAGGGAAAGAGUUCCCCCCAUACGGAGGACGGUAGCGACCGAGCCAGUCAAGAAAAAGCCUCGUCACCUCCCCAUCACGACAACGGCGUGUCAGUCCGCCAUAUUGUCACAGAGAUAGAGUCCAUAUCCCACCCGCCGGUGGCGGCGCCCCUCUCCUCCACCCAGCCGGCCCCCCACAGCCCACAGCAGCUGCGCCCAGACGACCGGGACGAGGAGACCCCAUUGACCUCACCCUCCUCCUACCCACAAUCCCCCUCCACGCCUCCCUUGGAUUGGCCGGCCGGCUCGGUGCGCAGGUUCACCAAACAGCUAGAGCAGAGGCUGAGGCAGGAGCUGGACUUAACUCUCAGCAACAUGUCUACCCAACGCUCCCCUCUCCACUCCCCCAGUGCAGAGUUCCACCCCACGGGCUCCCCUCUCCACUCCCCCAGUGCAGAGUUCCACCCCGCGGGCUCCCCUCUCCACUCCCCCAGUGCAGAGUUCCACCCCGCGGGCUCCCCUCUCCACUCCCCCAGUGCAGAGUUCCACCCCGCGGGCUCCCCUCUCCACUCCCCCAGUGCAGAGUUCCACCCCGCGGGCUCCCCUCUCCAGUGCAGAGUUCCACCCCGCGGGCUCCCCCAGUGCAGAGUUCCACCCCGCGGGCUCCCCUCUCCACUCCCCCAGUGCAGAGUUCCACCCCGCGGGCUCCCUCUCCACUCCCCCAGUGCAGUGUUCCAGGUCCCCUCUCCACCCCCCAGUGCAGAGUUCCACCCCGCUCCCCUCUCCACUCCCCCAGUGCAGAGUUCCACCCCGCGGGCUCCCCUCCACUCCCCCAGUGCAGAGUUCCCCCCGCGGGCUCCCCUCUGCACUCCCCAGUGCAGAGUUCCACCCCGCGGGCUCCCCUCUCCACUCCCCCAGUGCAGAGUUCCACCCCGCGGGCUCCCCUCUCUCCACUCCCCCAGUGCAGAGUUCCACCCCGCUCCCCUCUCCACUCCCCCAGUGCAGAGUUCCACCCCGCGGGCUCCCCUCCACUCCCCCAGUGCAGAGUUCCACCCCGCCCCUCUCCACUCCCCCAGUGCAGAGUUCCACCCCGCGGGCUCCCCUCUCCACUCCCCCAGUGCAGAGUUCCACCCCGCGGGCUCCCCUCUCCACUCCCCCAGUGCAGAGUUCCACCCCGCGGGCUCCCCUCUCCACUCCCCCAGUGCAGAGUUCCACCCCGCGGGCUCCCCUCUCCACUCCCCCAGUGCAGAGUUCCACCCCGCGGGCUCCCCUCUCCACUCCCCCAGUGCAGAGUUCCACCCCGCGGGCUCCCCUCUCCACUCCCCCAGUGCAGAGUUCCACCCCGCGGGCUCUCCUCUCCACUCCCCCAGUGCAGAGUUCCACCCCGCGGGCUCUCCUCUCCACUCCCCCAGUGCAGAGUUCCACCCCGCGGGCUCCCCUCUCCACUCCCCCAGUGCAGAGUUCCACCCCACGGGCUCCCCUCUCCAUAUGCCAAGCACGGACUGCCCACCCCUCCUCGCUCCUACCACAGACUGCCCCAAGCAGCGUAGGCCAACCCCUGCUCCUGAGCAAGGAAGACCUCUGAACGAGGCUUUCACUGUGUCUGCAGAGCCCAAAGGAGAGACUGAGCAGGGAGGGUUUGUCGUCUCAGACAUGGACGUUGCCCCUUCCUUCUCUCACUACCCAGAUGCCCGCCACACCCCUAAGCCCAUCCCAAUCAUCGUGUGCUCUUCCCUAGAGCCUUCUAGGGUCCAGCCCCAGGCCCCCCCUGCACUGCUGUGGCUGGAGGGGGUGACGGCCCUUGACUCAGACACGGAUGGCCCCUACCCUCCCCCGACCCACCACGGAAGGCUGGCACGCAGCAGUGAGGAACUGGAGAAGAUCCAGGAGACUCUGAGGGAGCUGCAGGCCUUCCUGUACGAUGCGGGGGGCCUGGGGGCUGGAGAGAGACCUGGUCAGGGGGAGACUCCCGUGUGGCAGAGGGCCAUGGAGAUCGAGGCGCGGAUCCGCCAGGCGGGCCUCACGCCCCCCUCCUUGAUGAAGCGCUCAGCCUCGCUGGCCAAGCUUGACUGCCUGGAGCUGUCAGCCAACGACCUGAAUGACUGGGACCUACGGCCCACUACCGCCAGCCCUCAUGGACCCCAAUUGAUGCCCACCCCUCACCCCCGCUCCUACCAUCACCCCAGUCCAGACGAUGUUUCCAAGAAGCAGCGGGUGUUGUCCAGGGCCCCAGGGCCCCACCCACUGGACUCAGACAGGACUGAUAGGGGCUCCCAGAGAGCAGGGAGUGAUCCACCCUGUCUCUCCUCACCUCCAUGUCUUGUUCUUCAAGGGGACGAGGAGCUAGAGACAGACCCCUCCCCCCGGCUCACCUGCACCCAGUCCCCGGCGAGCGCUCCCGACGUCACUAUGACAACCGCGCAGCAGCCCCGCGGGAAGAGUCACCCGCUGCGGCGGCUCCGCAAGGCUGCCGACAAGAAACGGACUGCCACUGUUCUCUACCACACCAUGUGA